AUGGCCGAAAAAAGGAUUCUGAUUCUUGGAAGCGGUAUGGUUGCAAAGCCAUGCGUCGACUACCUGCUCCGGAGCCCAAACAACACCCUCACCGUUGCCUGCCGCACUCUUUCCUCUGCCCAGAAAGUUGCCGCCGGGCGUGAUCGUGUCGAAGCUGUCUCCCUUGAUGUAGCCUCUCCGGAACUUGACCGCUACGUUGCAGGUCAUGACUGCGUGAUAUCUCUUGUGCCAUUUAUCCAUCAUGCCCAUGUGGUUCGGUCGGCUAUCCGGGGCAAGACCAAUGUGGUUACGACAAGCUACGUGUCUCCUGCCAUUCGUGAACUCGAACACGAGGCAAAACAGGCUGGUAUCACCGUUUUGAACGAGGUUGGUGUCGACCCUGGUGUCGACCACUUGUACGCCAUCAAGACCAUCAAUGAAGUUCACGACAAGGGUGGAAAGGUCCUCGAGUUCUACUCGUAUUGUGGCGGUAUCCCGGCUCCUGAAGCAUCAGACAAUCCUCUGCGUUUCAAAUUCUCUUGGUCACCUCGUGGUGCUUUGCUCUCACAGCACAAUUCUGCCAGGUUUCUUCAAGAUGGAAAUAUCGUUGAAAUCUCCAACAAGGACUUGAUGAGCACGGCAGUACCGUACCAUGUUGUCGAUGGAUACUCAUUCCUUGCCUACCCUAACCGAGACUCUGUGCCGUUUAGAGAAGCCUAUCGAAUCCCCGAAGCCCAAACAGUCAUCAGGGGCUCUCUCCGAUAUGAAGGCAACCCGGCUCUAGUCAAAGCCCUCAUCGACCUUGGAUGGCUUGACACAACCAUCAAGGACUGGCUACAGGACGGAAUGUCGUGGGCCGAGAUCCAGCAGAAGGUCACUGGAGCAGCCUCCACUACUGAGACUGAUCUCGUGGCUAGAGUGGAUGAACUUUGCACUUUCUCUUCCCCCGACCAGCGCGGCAAGGUCUUAGCUGGUCUCAAGUGGAUGGGUUUGUUCUCGGGCGAUGUGCCUACCACCCGGGGAACACUUCUCGAUACACUCUCCGAUCAACUCCACAAGCUUUGCAGCUUUGGACCCGGUGAGCGUGAUUUGGUGAUGCUCCAGCACAAAUUCGUUGUCGAGUGGAAGGAUGGUACUAAGGACACCAUCACAUCAACUCUCGAGCUUUUUGGAGAACCUAACGGCUAUUCAGCUAUGUCGAAGUCUGUUGGAUUAACGUGCGGAAUUGCCACCCAGAUCUUACUGAACGGCGACCCGGCCUUUAACAAGCCUGGUGUAAUUGCGCCUUACUCCCGAGAAAUUUGCGAGCCCAUCCGAACCGAAAUUGAGGCAGAAGGUAUCAAGCUGGUCGAAAAGGUUUUGUAG